AGAUUCAUUCUUUUAUCCAAGAUUCUAAAACACACCAGGGAUAAAAAGGGCGGCAAAGAGCUGCACACACGCCUUGGCAGCGGGUUUAGGGUUUAGGAGGCGCGGAGGAAGAGGGCGGUUGUCUGGAGACAUGGCUUUCUGGGGAGUGGAAGUGAAACCAGGAAAGCCUUUCACUCAUAAAUACGAGGAUUCCAAAGGACGCCUCCAUAUUUCAAUGGCCACUCUUGGGUUGGGCACUGCGACAGCAAAAAGCACACUGCAGUGCAAUGUGGGAAACAGGAGCCCUGUAUAUCUAUGCUCUCUCUAUCCUGGAAACGCAGAGUCAUUGCAAUUAAACUUAGAGCUCGAAGAAGUUGAUCAAGUUCUUUUCUCUGUAAUUGGUCCUCGGAGCAUUCAUCUCUGCGGGUAUUAUCUCGCCACUGCCCGCAACGCCAAUCUUAUUGAUGAUUCUGAAUCAUACGGGGAGGAUAUCGCUGAUACAGAAACAGAGAGAUCUGAUUACAGUGACGAAGAUGGGUAUGAUGAUAGUUUCAUCGACGAUGACAUUGUUCCAGAGGCUUCCUCACCAUCUCUUAUUUCCAAAGAAGAGGAAGCUUCGCAUGACAACGGACCAAAAAUUAGGAAAGGCAGUCUUCGACGGCUUAGGAAGAUGUACCAGUCAGUUGAGUCAGAUGAUGAUGGCUGUGGCGGAGAAAAGAUAAUUGUCAAUGACAGAAUCCAUGACCAAGUCCAGGAAACUGACAAUGAAGAUAGCCUCCCUAUUUCAUCUAUUUACAAGAAUAAAGCCUCUGGAAGGGUAUUGGACAAAGAAAUGGAUGUUAGUGUUGUCAGAGGAGCUGGUGAUGCCAGCAACAAGAAUGAGGAAGAUGGUGGAAAUAAUAUUUUUGAAACAAAUCUAGAGGCUGGACAUGUCCUUGUGGAUAGUCAGACAUAUAGUAGGGAAGCUGUGCCAUCAAAGCACUUGGUAGAUCCUUGCACAUCUCUGGAUGUUGGGGAUGUUAAAAGUCCAAAAAAGAAAAAGAAGAAAAAGGAAAAAGAGGCAAAGAGUUCCUGUAAUGGCCGUUCUAUCAAACUAGAUAAUGUUAUAAAUGAGCUAAAAAUGGAAGAGAUGACCCAGGUUAUUGUGGCAGGAGGUAAACAAGAGCAGCAUGUUGAUGAUAAGGAAACUGAGACCACAGAUAAAAUGCUGCCUUCCUCUCAGGUUGAUCAUGGACUGGGUGAAAAGCCAAAGAAGAAAAAGAAAGAAAGAUCUAAAGAGGGGAUGGUUUCAAUUGCUACUGAUGGUUAUCAUAACAGUCUUGUUAAUCUGCCUCUAAGAAAUGAACAACACUCAGUUAAUGACAGGGAUGUUAAAAUUUCAGGCAAUGCCGCUGAGAUGGAUCCUAAAAAGAAUAGAGCAAAGAGGAAAAAGAAAGAACAAGUAAACAAAAGUGACUAUGGAUAUAAUGAAGAAAUCUUCCAAGAGGACAACAAGGCCAACAGAGAUGCAGCAGGGUCACAGAAUGCGAUUCAUAAUUUUUUUGAAGAAAAAGAGCAGCAUCAGAAGCUAACUAAUGAGAAGAUGGUAGACAAUGGUGCUUAUGACUUACCUGAUGGAAAUCAAUCUGAGAAUAGAAAAGCUAAGAAAAGGAAGAAAAUGAGUAAAAGUCAGGGCAAUGGGGAAGUUGUAAAUUCUAAUAUUACUGUAUAUGUUGAGCGAAGUGGUGAGACUGAGAUGAUGGAGGAGGACAGAAGUAAGGGGGAAGAUGCAAAACAUUCCAAUGUUAGAACAUUGAAAAAUGGACUAGUUAUUCAGGAACAAGAGAAGGGGAAAAAAGAUGGCAAAAUCGCAGCUUCAGGAAAAAAGAUUAGCAUCUAUUACACUGGCAAGUUGAAGGAAAAUGGAGCUGUCUUUGAGUCAAACGCUGGCCAAACUCCUUUCAAAUUUCGCCUUGGUAAAGGAGAGGUUAUCGAGGGUUGGGAUGUUGGCCUUGAAGGCAUGCAAGUUGGAGAAAAGAGAAGACUUGUCAUUCCACCAACAUUGACGUCUGAGAGUGAUGGGCACUCUGACAAAAUACCACCAAAUUCAUGGUUGAUUUAUGACAUUGAACUAAUUAAAGUUCAUUGAGUAUUUCAGCCAACUCACUGUUCCACAAAAAAAAAAAAUACGGAGUGAGGAGGCAAUUCAGGGACAGGCAAAAGAUUGCAUAGUUUUUGGUUGGUUCAACAUGGAUCUGUGGUGAUUGAAUAGAUUUUGGUGUAGAUGAUAGUGGGUAGACACGCGCCACCGAAUCCUAAGUUUUGGUUCUUUCAGAUAUCGUGUUAACUUUAAAAGAUACUCAGUGUUAAAGUGGUGAAAAUUUUCUCAUAAAUAUCAGCAUAAGAAAUACCCAAAUA